AUGCAAAACGUCAUCCCGACAUUCAACGAGCGUGUAAUCCUGGCCCACCUGCAGGCGGUCGACGCGUUAACCAACUUCGAUUCCGUGCAGACUCUGGUGGCAGUCGCUCAAAGCAGCACCGACAUCGACCAGUCUCUUUGCGAUCCGAAGAAUGCCGCAGAACUGCUAAACCGUGAUGGACACCUGUUCCUCACCGUGGUAUUGGCGAAGGCUUGUUAUGCCCAAGAUUUCCUACCAAUCCUGAGCAUCGAUGUCAUCCAGUCGACGACGGCGAAUGUUAAACCGCGCAUACAUGACCCUCCUACGCGUCAUUCUGCGUUCCUCUACGCGUCGACGCCUAUGCCAAUCAUCAACCCGCAAGUCCAGCGCAGGAGUACCGAGGACAACAUGGUCGUCGAUGCUUUCUCCCUGAGUCUUGAUGGGAAGAUUGCCCGUAUCUGGUUUUCCGGCUCGCACACCAUGAUUGUCUUGGACGAUAAGCCUCGCGCGAUCAUCUUCAAACUCGACGACCAAAGCGCCACAGGGGCUCGGCAGGAUGUUCGAUACCCCAAGGUUGGACCCCGCCUAGUCAAUGGGGAAGACGGCGCUGUUGGCGUCCUUUCCGUCCAUAAUUGGACGGAAAUGGAGUCAAUUUGCAUUGUGGAAUCCGUAGAAGGCCACUCCGGUACAGCGGACAAGAAGAGGUUGACCUUCUUUCCAGUCGUCCACGCUGAAGAAUAUACUCUCUGGGUCGAUUUAUCUCGUUCUGUGGAUGUACUCGCCGUCAAUCGGCAUUGGGUCGUGUACCGCCACGAGCAAGGUGAUAAUCGAUUGAUCGCCAAGAACAUCAACGAUAACAGAAUAGUGACCUUGGAGCUGAGUGGUCAACAAACCGUCUUGCUGAGGAAGGUUGAAGCAUGGAUUGUCGGGUCGUAUCUCCUUGUCGUCAAUUACGAUCACGCCUGUUUGGAAAUAUUUGGCGGGUUCGGUACCGAACACCGUGAACCUCCACCCACGCCCAGCAUCAUUCCCAUGGACUAUGCCUUCUAA